AAGCCACUGCCACGUAGACUAAAAUUAAUAUUAAAAAAAAUGUAAAUAUUGUAAAUUUCUCGAAUGUUCUUUAAAACCUCAUAGCAAGACAGAACCUUCAGCAACAAGUAGGAUUUCAUAGCUGAGCAGAACUUGAACCUGGGUUUAGGGUUUUUCUUCCCGCCAUCAAUUAUCGAGUGGGGCUUUCAUUGAGAUUCCCAGUGAAUUGGUUUUGUAAUGGAUAAUACCGCAUUGCAAGAGUUCUUUGUACCUGAAGAUGUUCUCCAGAUACUUUUAAGUGCGUCAAACUCAUCUACCCUCAUAGAUUCGUUGGAAAUUUUAAUACAAGUUUGCAGAGCAGCUGAUGGUCGUGCGGACCUUGCCUCUAAGAGUAUUCUUCCUUCUGUUGUCCAGCUCAUCCAAUCUCUCCCUUACCCUUCCGGUCGCCACCUUCUCACAUUGUCAUUAAAGCUCCUAAGAAAUCUUUGUGCGGGAGAGGUUUCAAAUCAGAAGUCAUUUCUUGAACAAAGUGGAGUUGCAAUCAUAUCGAAUGUUUUGAACUCUGCAAAUAUUUCUUUGGAGCCAGAUUCUGGGGUCAUUCGUAUGGGGUUGCAAGUUCUUGCUAAUGUUUCUUUGGCUGGAGAACGACAUCAGCAUGCAAUUUGGCAGCAACUUUUUCCAAAAGAAUUUUUGGCUGUUGCAAGAGUUCAGAGCCGGGAAACUUGUGAUCCAUUGUGCAUGGUUAUCUUUGCUUGUUGUGAUGGAAGCCCUGAACUGUUUGAAAAGCUUUGCGGUGAUGGUGGAAUAACUAUUAUGAAAGAGAUUGUAAGGACUACUGCUGCAGUUGGCUUUGGAGAAGAUUGGGUCAAGUUGCUUCUCUCAAGAAUCUGUUUAGAAGGACCUUACUUCUCGUCACUGUUCUCUAAUUUAGGCUUUGCUACUAGUGAGAAUGUUGAAGAUACUGAAUUUAGAGAAGACCUUUUCUCAUCAGAGCAAGCAUUUUUCUUGAGAAUCAUAUCAGACAUCUUAAAUGAGCGACUUAGAGAGAUUACUGUCCCUCGUGAUUUUGCUUUGUGUGUUUUUGGGAUAUUCAAGAAAUCCGUUGGGGCUCUUAAUUGUGUAACAAGGGGCCAGUCUGGACUUCCAACAGGCACUAGUAUGAUAGACGUUCUAGGAUACUCACUCGCAGUUCUGAGAGAUGUAUGUGCCCAGAAGACUUUAAGAGGCUUUCAAGAGGACCUGGGGGAUGCUGUUGAUGUUUUGCUAUCCCAUGGUCUUAUAGAACUAAUUUUAUGUUUACUUCGUGAUCUUGAGCCGCCAGCAAUAAUUAGGAAAGCUAUCAAACAAGGUGAGGGCCAAGAUGGAACAAAUUCGGGUUCGUCAAAACCAUGCCCGUACAAAGGAUUUCGAAGAGAUAUAGUUGCAGUGAUUGGCAAUUGCACAUAUCAAAGGAAGCCUGUCCAAGAUGAGAUUAGGCAAAGGGAUGGGAUUCUUCUGCUCUUGCAACAGUGUGGUCUUGAUGAAGACAACCCGUUCUUAAAGGAGUGGGGAAUUUGGUGUGUCAGAAAUUUAUUGGAAGGGAAUGAAGACAACAAACGGGUAGUGACUGAAUUGGAGCUUCAAGGGUCUGUUGAUGCGCCAGAAAUUGCUGGACUUGGUCUCCGAGUCGAGGUAAAUCCAGAAACUGGACGGCCAAAGCUUGUUAAUGUCUCAUGAUGGUUGAAGAAUGUAGUUAAUCUGAAGCCGAUUACUGACCCUGAUGUCGUCUAUCUCAAAUGCUUGAUGGUUUUCUUAUAUUAAUUUUUUUUUUCCAAGCUCAGGCGUCUCUUGUGGUUCUUUGUAUUUUGUUCUGGUUGGCAAACAAAAUUUCAUAGGUAUGGAAUGUGCAUGACAGAAAAUUGAGGCACAUAAAGGUUUUUUUUUUACUUGAACGUGUGGAUGUAUUGAAUUGAACAAGUUUUGUGGGCACAACACACGUCUUUAAGUAUCAAGUUCUAUUUUUUUUUU